CAUUUUGAGCUUACACCGCAGAGAACUAACAACAGAUUCCACCCCAAAAGACACCACCUACCAAGCCGCAUCCUCCGCCGCCACCAUGGACUCCUCCUCGGGCUGGGCGGUCGCGCCGGCGGUCUCCGUACCCGCCGCGCCGACUAUGUCUCAUGGCGCGACACUCUUGUCGGUCAUGUUCCUGCUGUUCCUGACCUUCGCUCUCGUGAUCUUCUUCCUCAAGUACUACUUCAAUGCCAACUUCCGCCGGGGGCAGAACGGUCGCGUGGCGGCGGCUCGACACAAGGGCGUCGACCCUGAGCUGCUGCGAUCGCUGCCAAUCACGGUGUACUGCGCGGCGGCGCCGAAGGGCUCCACCGUGGAGGACGUCAGGGUAGAGUGCGCGGUGUGCUUGUCCGAGCUCGAGGACGGGGAGGAGGCGCGGUUCUUGCCCCGGUGCGGCCACGGGUUCCACGCCCAGUGCGUCGACACCUGGCUGGCCUCCCACUCCACCUGCCCGCUCUGCCGGGUCACCGUCGCCAAGCCCAACGCGUCGCUCAAGGCGUCGACGAGUCUCCCUCCCGUAGCGCCCGAGCCGGCGAACUAUGCUGCGAACCUGCCGGCGAGUGUGCUGCUCGGCGUUUCAGACCAGGCCACCCUCACCGCGGACGAAGACCGCCCGAGACCCGCCGCCUUGGCCACGGCAGCAGUGCUGGUGAUCGACAUUCCUGAUUCGAGGACGCCGGCGACACCGCGCGACGCGACCAAGAUGCCGAGCUCGCCGAGAAUGAGGUCGCUCAAGAAGCUGUGGAGCUUCGGGAAUCGGGGGGCAAGGGCCGUCGGGGCCGACUCCGUUAUUAACAUCAGGAGGCGCUGAGCGCGUUAUUAACAUCGCCUCCGCAACCCCGAGAGCACAGCUACUGUAGAGCCGAAAUUGUCAGCUCAGUACAUAUACACAUGUUGGUAUCAGACAUAGUCACAUGGACCAAUAGUUCUACAGGUCUCAUGGGACACAUUAGGAUAUACUAGCGAUUUGUGGUCUACUCAACCGAAAAAGAAAUAUACAAAUGCAAUCCAAAAUUCUUCA